AUGUCUGUUGUCCUCGGCGGUGACACCAAGAUGAAACAGAUACGCAAGAUGUACCCCUUGUGCAUCGCGUGUAUUCUGUUCAUCUUCUAUCUGUCCGGCUCGGGAUCGUUGAAUGGGAUUGAGAACAACCUUUCUUAUAAGACAACCGCAGCAACAGGGGAAUUCCCACACAAAGUUUGGCAAACUUGGAAAGUUGAUCCAUUGGCAUUUGAGGAGCGCGAUCUUUCGGUUGCACGAACAUGGAUCCAGAAGAAUCCAGGUCACCGGUAUGAGGUGCUAACCGAUGGUAACGAUCUAUACUACGUCGAGACACACUUUGGACCAACGGGUCUGAAUCGACCUGACAUUGUCAAUGUGUAUCGAUCGCUCACGGCGAGAAUUAUUAAGGCUGAUCUAUUGCGCUAUCUGGUUAUGUACGUUGAAGGGGGCGUCUACACAGACAUUGAUGUGGAAGCCUUGCGCCCCAUUGACCGCUUUAUCCCUGAUCGUUACGAAGCAAAAGACAUUGACCUGGUGAUCGGUGUUGAGAUUGACGAGCCCGAAUGGUACGAUCAUCCGAUUCUUGGGCCGAAAUCACGCUCGUUCUGCCAAUGGACAUUCAUGGCAAAACCAGGAUUACCAGUCAUGAUGAGGCUGAUAAACGGAAUCCUUCAAUGGCUCGAUGACAUAUCCCGCAAACAGGGGGUGUCAAUUGCCAACAUUCAACUAGACUUUGACGAGGUUAUCAGUGGUACAGGUCCAUCUGCUUUUACUGAGGCUGUGUUGGCCGAGAUGAGCGCGCGCAGCGGCCGGACUGUGACCUGGGAGUCUUUCCACAACUUAGCUGAAUCCAAAGUCGUCGGUGGCAUUCUUGUUUUGACUGUCGAAGCUUUUGCUGCCGGGCAGGGUCACUCAGAUUCGGGAAAUCACGACGCACGCACUGCGUUGGUCAAACACCACUAUCACGCUUCCAUGUGGCCUACCGCCCACCCACGAUACAGCCACCCAAUGUAUGGUGAGGUAGAGGGAUGCAACUGGAACACUGACUGCAUACGAGUGUGGGAUGAGAAUGUGAAGAACUUUGACGAGUUACCCAAAGACGAGCAAAUCCGCCAAAUUGCGAUGAAAGAAGCACGCGAAGCCGCCUACAAGGAUAUCAUAGCAAAAGAGAAUGAGGACAAGCAGCAAAAGGUUAAGGAUGCACUGCAGUUGGCCGCAGUCGCUCCAGUAGCUCAACAAUGA